GAUAAUAAGGAUUAAGAAACACGCUGUCAAACCAUCGUCUUUAUAACAUUCCAUAAGGACCAUCUUACUGGAAAACUAUGAAUUAUCAAUAUCCCUGUAUAAUGUGUGAAAAUGUGAAAAGACACUGUCGAAAGAGUUCACAAAAAGCACGAAAUGGGACCUACAAAAAAGAUAAAAAGGAUAGAGGAGAUCAAUUUUCUUGUUCAGACGAUCAAGAAAAUCAACAAAUUAAUGAAUUGGUACAGAAGUUACCAAAACUAAAUAGUAUAUUUGAAGUUCACCGCAAAAUAGGGGAAGGGACUUUCAGUUCUGUUUACCUUGGCUCACUACGGCAACAUGCCAAUCUACCAGAUGGACAAAAGCGUAUGUUUGCUAUAAAACACCUAGUUCCUACAGCUCAUCCGGCUAGGGUUGAACACGAACUAAAAUGCCUACAAGACAUGGGUGGCAGACACAAUGUGAUUGGAGUGGAAUUAUGCUUAAGGCAAUUAGACACUAUUGUUUUUAUUAUGCCAUACAUACCUCAUAGAAAAUUUGCAGAAUAUAUGGAUGAUAUGGACAGAGAGGAGGUGUCUCGUUACUUGCAUGCAUUGCUGGUAGCCCUUAGACAUGUACACUCUUUUGGUGUCAUCCAUCGGGAUGUUAAGCCUAGCAACUUUCUGUAUGACCGGGAGCGCAGGAGGUAUCUGCUAGUGGACUUUGGAUUGGCGCAGCGCGUGGUAACCACUGAGCCUCCACCUGCCCAUAGCAAUGGAUCCGCAAAGCGAGCGCGGGAAGAGGAGUGUGAUUCGUCGCCAGGAGCCAAACGUGUGGCAUUGGACUUGUCGCUGCGCGGGCGACAUGUUUCGGUGCCACGCCGCGGUGACACAAUCAAACAAACACCGCAUAAACACGUCACAAAGGUCUCAGGCUUAAACGUAAGCUGCGCUUGUGCUGGUUUGGGUGGGGUCUGCACUGGGUGUGGAAGAAGACCAACGGCUCGGGCUCCAAGGGCGGGAACGCAGGGCUUCAGGCCCCCAGAGGUGCUCCUCAAAAGCCCCUUGCAGGGAACCGCGGUCGACGUUUGGGCUGCUGGGGUCGUACUCACCUCACUCCUUACUGCCAGGUAUCCAUUUUUUCGAGCUGCAGAUGAUGUGUCUGCGCUGGCUGAGCUCGUGGACUUGCUGGGUUCCGCCGCCGUGCAUCGUGUCGCGGCCACUCUACGUCGUCGCGUAGUAAUAUCAGGCAAUCGCACGGGCAUCUGCCUCCGCAAGUUGGCGCAGCGUCUGCGUAACCCAGCUCCCCCUCCGUGCCCUUACCCCGCGUGUCUCCGUUGCCGUCUUCCCGCCCCGCAGUGUCUCUGCCUCACCACAGAUACGCAGGAGCGCAACCUGGAAACGAUAGUAGUUGAUGACCUUCCGGAGGCAGCUUUUAAUCUAGCAACGCGGCUGUUGGACCCCGACCCGCGUACACGCAUUACGGCUGACCAGGCGCUAAGGCAUCCUUUCUUAGCCCAUCUGCCCCACUGACCACCAAGACAUAGGUAAUGGAGGAAAUAACGUGAGCCGACAGAGGAAAGUCGGUAAACAACAAUGGGAACCAAAAUUAAAUCUAGUUUUAGUACAUGUGAAACCAUUUUUGCCUAUGAAGUUUGUCAGAGCACUCUUUGAUAUUUUAGUAUCAAAUCAAAUAAUGGCCACUGUUAUGUGCCAAAGUUACGGUUUUUACCUAUUAGUAGUAGGUACAUGUCCUAAAUUUAUCAAAGACAAUUGUCACUACUAAUAUGUCAGUCUGUUACCGGUCUCACGCUUUAAACUAAUCGAAGUCACCUUACGUCAGUAACAUUGGGUUAAAAAAGUUUGUGGAAUUGCAAUAAUUUGCCAAUUCAAAAGUAUUUUAUACUAUAACUUAGAAAUGGUAAAUAACGUAAAACUAUGGAAUUUAACAUUUACAAUUGACGUAAUUUUAAUUAAAUAUUUUAUUAAUGUUGCCUUACUUCAAUCAGUCUCAAGUAUAAUUCACAGGUUGUGAUUGUUAAGAACUUUAGCCAAAAAUGGUUUGCAUUUGGUUGUAUGUUUCUUCCAUGAGUCAUCGAAAUGUUCUUUGUGGGAGAUGCUAUAGUUGAUGUAUUUUUCUUAUCAACUUUAUUCUCAUUACCAUAAGGAGGCCAAAUCACCCAAUAUUACCUCAUUAUUUAUUUAAAUGCGCACAAAUUGUGUUCUUUCUACUUUGAUGUGUCAAUUUGUGUUAUAACUUUAUACCGAAAACAUUGUAGUGGUUUAACAACAUUGCAAUUGCUUUUACCAUUUUGUUGUAGAGAUCUCGGAUUAAUUUUAAGGUUUCAAAUCUCUUGAAGGUAGUUAUUUACAUUAUUUUUGUGGACUUUUGGAAUAUUAGUAAAUUUUUUGAUUUUCCAACAAAAUUAAUUUUAUAUACAAGGAAUGCAAACUUAAUAUUUGGAAUACCUGCUUAGAAUUGAUAAGUAACAUGUCUUCCUCAACAGUGUUCAUUAGCUGUUAACAAGUGCCUUGCACAUGAAUUGUUGUGCCUUGUUAAAAUAAAUAUUUUUAAUGAUGGA